AUGGUAAACAACUUCUACAGGCGUCAUAUCAUCGUCGACGUUCUCGAAAAUGCUCACCCGCAUGUUCCAUUAUUAGGAUAUCUUAAGUGGACUUUGGACUGCAUUGUCGAGUGCAACUUCCUAUGCGAUUGCAAUUACAAUACCUGUCCACUUCGAGUUGUUCAGAAGGGCCUCACAAAACGGCUUGAAGUGUUCUGGACUGGUCGCGAACGAGGUUGGGGAGUAAGGUCAUUAGAUGUCAUCAAGGCAGGAGCGUUCAUAUGCGAAUAUGCCGGCGAGCUCUUGCCAGAGAGCGUCGCUGAGACCCGAGGAAAAGAACUCAGUGAUAACUACCUUUUCGACCUAGCCCGUCAUGGUGCUGGUAAAAU